AUAUCAGGGAUAGAGAAUCAGAAAUUGCCUAAAAUGAAAGUCUAUUUCUUGGCCUGGUUGGUGUUAAUGUCCUUGUUGGCUCUUGGCCAUGCUGAGGGAGAUGACAAGAAGCAGAGUCACAGCGUGACGUGGGGCGCUCGAGUGUUCAGGGAUACGCAUCUGGAGAGAGUUGUCAUCAGUGAAAAGUCGAGGUUCUUGCGCGUGGUUACACGUGACUACAAGUUCAAGCAGCAGUCCAAUUUGAAACGUAAAAUUACGCAAAUUGUAAUUACGGAUCAGAUCAAGGAGGGCAAGGGUGGCUAUGCGCAUCUUCGUGGUGGCGGACCUAGCGCCAGUUUUGCCGAGAUUCAUUUCAAGAGUCAGCGCAAUCGUGGAUUCAGCUUCAUUGUGGAUAUAUACGGAAUUUAAAUCUGGAUUGGAAAAAUUGUCUUAAUUAUGAGCAAUAUUUUGAUUACAAUUUACUUAACAUUUAUUUAUACUAUAUGUGUAUAAUUUUAAUCAGCAUUACGAUGCGAUUAUUCCCUAUAGAUUCUGCCUUUCUCUCCCCCUCUUCCCCUCUUUCUCUCUCUCUUGUUGUCUCUAUCUUUUUCACGUCUCACGUCUGUGUUUAUUUGCAUAGAUUGCGCACUGCUAUUGUUCAUUUUGUUUGUUUAUUUGCUGGAGUACAAUAUUUAUAAUUCACAAACAGCGGCGACAACUUUAUUUAGUCGCAUGUUUUAUAAACAACGCCGAAACUGUUUACUCAGUUGGCAACCGAGGGAAAGUAGGGGAAAUGAUUGAAAUGACCCUUAUAUGCUAGCGUCUCUUUUAUAUAUUUCUAGCUUAUUAAGCUAAAUUUAUCAUUAAAUAAACUAAAUAUUCGUCUAUCAAUCAUUU